UGUCAAAAAGCCGACCGAAGAGAGUCGUGAUCCGGGCGAUGAUGAAACGACCGCUAAUUGGAUUGCGUGCGAGGCAGAGGCCACGACCACCAGUGCUGUGGGGAUCGCUGUUGAUGCUGUCGUUUCUGCUGGCGUUUGAUGCUGUUCCAUUCACAAAUGCGUUCAUCGUACCGGAGGAGCUGCCAUCGAUACUUUCCCUGGUUUAUUCCAACAUUCCACAGAUCAAGAAAGGAACUGACUCGCGAGUAGGGUUCGGAUUUCGACUUGGUGAACAUGCAGAUUUUCAAAUACAGCUAGAGCUGGGUCCGCAGCUCAACACGAGACCAAUAGGAGCAGCAGCCGGCAGCAGCAAACGUUACGUGGACAAUGAUGAAUACGCAAACUCCGUACGGAAUCCAACACGAAAUGGAGGAUCGACUUCCUGGCUGCAGGCAUGGUCCAAGCAAACCAAACAACGGCAACAGUUCAACAAGGACAAGCUACGUGACUCGCUAAUGCCACCGGCACCGGUCAUGGACGAAGGUGCCUACAACCAGCUGCAGCAACUGUACGAAAUGAACAAACAGCGCGAGUACGAAGAUUCGAUCGGUACACUUCCGGCGGAAGUGCUCGAAACGCGUAUCAAUCAGCUUAAAGCACUACACAAUCCGGUCACAGCGUUCAAACCGAUGCCGAGUGAAUCACGGUCGGGAGUAGCGAGUGCAUCGGAGGAAAAGCAAUCGUCCUCGGAUGCUAUGUUAAUAGUUGUCACACCGGAAGUACCAGUAAGCACAACUACAACAGUGCCCACGGAAUCGACCACUGUGGUGAGCGAAAGGAUACAACACGCCAAGGAUACAACCGGGCAAACCGGCGAUAGUGGUCGAAGAAAUGUAAGACGACGAACUAACCGACCGGUGAGCAAACGCGACAAGGAACGUAUUACCGCACAACUGUCCGAUGUGUCCUUGGAUUAG